GCCCGGUGCGGAGUAGAAAACACUUUCUUCCAAGUUUUCGCGCGUCUUCCACGGGACCAGCACUCGGGAACCCUGUCCAGAGGCCCCCGUGGCGCCCCAUCCUCACCCCAAGAUCCCCGGAGGCCUGCAGGCGCCUUCACUACCUGCGCCUUCUCGCCACCCCUGGCCCGCGUCAUGGGUCGCUCGUACGGAGGCCGGGUACUGUCCGCGAUGACCCUGCUAGGCAUCCCAGCCGCUGUGCUGGUCGUGUUGGCUGCACAGCUGCUGUUCCAGCUCCAGGCGGGGCGUGCCGAGCUGCGAGGUGUGCGCACCGUCGCGGAGCUGGACCCCGACGCGGGGCUACCGGAAGCUGCGGCUGGGGCAUUGCUGCCGCUGGCUACUGCUCUGGCCGCGCUGGCGCAAGUACUAGGGCUUGGCUGCCUGCUACUCGCCGCGCUCUGCGGACACCUGGGCGCCGAGCUGGCACGCGGCCCGGGGCCGGGCAGGUCAGACUGGUUUCUUUAUGACUGCCGUCUCCUCCGGCACUCUGCACUUGGCCUGUUCUGCUGUGGGGCCUCCGUCUACUUAGCAGCACUGGCCAUUUAUACCCUGCUGCUCUUCGAGAUCGAGGCAGGGGCAGCGGCUGCAUCUAUCCUGGGUUCAGGUGCCCUGGUCCUGGUGACGGUAAUGACUCACACCCUACUCCGGGCUCUUCGGGCCACUCGCCGGGGUCUCCACGAGCUGUCCCCACCAGCGUUUGAAGAUGAGCCGGCCCGGCCUUCAGAAGACUCCAAAACUGGCUGCAGGGCUCAGCCCCAGCAGGAUGAGGAGCCAGAGGCUUCAGUAGGGGCUGUGACUCACCAAGGUCCUCAUUCUUGAGCAUCGGGGCCUGGACUGGCUCCCAGGUCCUGAGACUCCACUCCCAUGUUCCUGGAAGAAGGCUCAAGUCUUAGACCUCCACUUCCCGACACUCCCUGGGGAGUUGUGGACAUUUGAAAUUCGCAGGCGCUCAGAGCAGCCCAAGGCCAGGAGCUUUCAGGGAUGGCUGGAGUCUCAACAUGAGCUCAAGUGGGUCUCGCUCCUGUGCCUCAGUUUCCUUAUCUGUAACAGACAGGAGAAGCUGCACACAGUAGACCCGCAGUACAUAUUAACCAUGUGUCUUAGUUGUAUGUUGCUCUGCCUAUUUAACAAAAGCCACUUAAGAAAGAAGAGGCUUCUUCUGCUUCGAGCUCCAUGCCUAACCCUACUCCUGGCUCACUUGCCUUCUGUGAUAAAGUACCUUGAUACAAUCCACAUGGGGAGCAAGGGCUUGUCCUGGUGAGAGUCAGCAGGUCACAUUGGCCCAGUCAGAAGCAGAGAGAGAUGAAUGCUGCCUUGGGUCGCUCAGGCCUUGGGCUGCUCCCACAUUCAGGAUGGGCUGACCCGUCUAAGCUAAGCAGCCUAGAGACUGUACCCUCACAUGCCCGGAGGCCGGUCUCCAAGGUGAUUCUGGAUCUGUUGCUGGCACUUGUGUGGAAGCAGGUGACUGUUUCCUAAGGGAACCGCUGAGGCCCACUCAGCCCAGAGGGCUCCACCCCUUUCCUGAAGGUACAGAGCCAGGAAUAAACUCAGCUGGCGGCUUGCUUUGCUUUGUUGCCUUUGGUUUUUAAGACUGGGUUUUAUAUAGCCCAGGCUGUCCUGGAACACUCAGCGUAGUCAACAACGGCCUUAACUCCUGCUGCUGCACCCCCCCCCCCCAAGCCUCAGGACCCUGUGAAUCGCUGCACCCUAGGCCCUCACUGGCUUCUCCCUCCUCUGGUCUGCUCUUCUCAAACCUAGAAUAUUCUCCGAGGCUCUGACGGGAGAGUCUGCUGAAGGCUGAAGCUGAGACUUGCCCUCUCUAUGGGCACUGCCCUCCCUGUGGGCACUGCCCUGGAAGCAGAACUAGGAUCCAUGAUGGCUUGGCUCAGUCUCAGCCGUGGGACUGUCCGGGCCAGGCCUGCUGGGAGACACCUGAUCUGGGUGUGCCAGGAUGUGGCUCCUUCCUCCAACAGUCAUGACUGGGGCUUGGCUUGCUUUUAAAGACUUGAGUUUCUGUCUGUUUCCUUCUUUCAGUUCUCUCUCUCUCUCUCUCUCUCUCUCUCUCUCUCUCUCUCUCUCUCUCUCUCUCUCUCUUGAUUUCCCUCCGUUUUUGUUGUUGGUUCUUUGUUUGUUUUUGGACAAGGUCUUAUGUAGCCCAGGCUUCCUCAGAGAGUGUGUACACCACUACACCUGGCCACUACACCUGGCUAAGUCAUCCCCAGUCACUUUCUACACAGGCUCACCUCACAGUGUCAUGUGGCCGAGGCAGGAGGAUUGCUGCAAGUUCAAGCCCAACCUGGGCUACCUAGUGAGCCCUGACUAAAAAAAAGGAACAAAAUCGUCCAUGCUGCCAAGCAAGGUAAUGUAGAUUUGUGAUAACAGCACUCAGGUGGCUGAAGCAGGAGGAUUGCUAUGUGUUCAUAAACAGAUUGGGCAAUGAACCUCCCAGCCCGUCAGAAGAUGAGGCAGGAGAACCCAGCAGGAAUCCAAGGUUUCACUUGAGUGCAUAGUGAGUUAGUCACUGGGCUACAUGAGAUUCAAGCAGACUGAAUAAAAACCCAACCAACCAACCAAACAACAGUGUUUGGCCACAAGAGGUGGGGAACAGAAGACAUUUUAUUGCUAAAAUGGGGAAACUGAGGCUCAGAGAAGUUGGGAGCACAUUGGGGCUUUUGACUUGGUGGGGUGCGGGGAGUCUCCUGCUGUAGCCACACCGAGCUGUGUGUCCCAGGCAGGCUCUGUGGGACCCCAGCUGUCAGACCGGAAGUUUGGCAAAUACCGAGGGGUGUGGUUGAGAGCACACUGAUUCCUUGUGACUCAAGGCCAAGCACAGGUCGCUGGAGGCCUCUGAUCACCGCAGAUGCUCUGAAAAGAGAUCCUGGAUGUUUCUGGGACAGCGGGGAAGGUGACCAGGGAGAACAAAUGGCUUUUGCUUCCAAGCGAAAUCAGAUUUGGUGGCUGGCGCCACAGCAGCCUGGGCAGGACCUGGCAGCCCCACAGCAGCAGGUAGGAUCAGGGCAGCCCCACAGCGAUCCCCGUGUCCAGGUCUAGUGCACAUUGACGGACUGGACAGCCUUGACAGUCCUGUGCCGACUCUGGCCUCUUUAACUACGGUCACCAUCUUCAUCAGAGCUAUCAUGGUGCUCAGGAGACCCUGGGAUCCAGCCUGCUGGCUGGUGGCAGUCCCUCAGAAGAGCACUGGAGGGGAGGGUCGCUGGUCAGCUCCUGAGAGCUCCCCUCCCUCCCAUGUAUGCUUCUCAGUGUGUUCUGCCCCAAUCCUACAUGGCGGCUGGGGGGCGGGUGGCUCAGGAGGCACUAGUAUCCAUAGUGUGGAAAGUUAACUGAAGGAUAUAACAGGUCGCAGAAUUUAGCACAACUGACUCCAUGAUGGAAGUACCACUCAGGCCAUGAAACUCAGCACAGACAGCACCACCUGCUGAAAAUAAAACAAUAACCUAACCCAUCAAAGUCCAUAGUUCUGGGAGAGCCUCCAAAUGUGCCAACCUUGCUCUUGACCUCUGCAGCUCCCCUUCUGGCCGACUGUUCUUGUCAACUGAAGCAUUGCCAACCCAGGACAUAGCUUUGUGCUUCAAAGCUCACCCUGAAAAAAGGGCUGGGUUACAGUGGACCCCGAACACCCAGGGUAGUCACAAGCCAACUAGUAAAGACUUUCUAUUGGCUUAAACAAUGUCCGAGCAGUCUUCUCUGAUGGCUGCCCUACAACAACAGGGACUCUCUGUGCAGUUAUGGGGUCCCCACACCCCUGUUAACCAUACAGUCCAGGGGUCUCAUCUUGCCAGAACGGUUUGAGGGAGCUAAUCCUUCACAGACCUGCUGGAACUGGGGUUGAUCCUCCUGCCUCAGUCUAAGUGUGGCAAAUAGCACCCACUUUCAUGCAGUAUCUGCCGUCUGCUUGGCUGAAGCCAUGAGUGCUGGAGGAAAAUGUGUUUGUGUUCCUAAAUCUCCUGUGACCUCCCCGAUGAUCUGGAACAAGCUGGUAUGGCCCCUCCUGUGUGCAUGUGGGUUCUGCACAGGACUGCUUUUCCC